UAUGUCUUUCUCUCUCUUUAAAAUCACUUUCUCCAAUUAGUUUAGUGCCUUUUGGUAGCUGUGUGAGAUCAGUUCAGACCUAACACACCACUCCGAGAAGGGUGAAGAAUGGCGAGAGAGAAGAUCAAGAUCAAGAAGAUUGAUAACGUGACGGCCAGGCAAGUCACCUUCUCUAAGAGGAAGCGAGGUCUCUUUAAGAAAGCUGAAGAGCUUUCUGUUCUCUGUGACGCCGAGAUUGCUCUCAUCAUUUUCUCAGCUACUGGCAAGCUCUUUGAGUACUGCAGCGCCUCCAGCAUGAAGGACACGAUUUCAAGGUAUAAUCUGCAUUCUAACAACAUCGGAAAGCUUGACCCGCUAUCGCUUGAACUGCAGCUGGAAAAUAGGAACAACAUCAGAUUGAGCAAGGAAGUUGCUGAAAAGAGCCAUGAACUACGACAAAUGCGAGGAGAAGAUCUUCAAGGAUUGAAUAUAGAGGAAUUACAACAACUCGAAAAAUUGCUUGAAUCAGGACUUGGGCGUGUUCUUGAAACAAAGAGUGGACUGAUUAUGAACGAGAUCUCUUCACUUGAAACAAAGGGAGCACAACUAUUGGAGGAGAAUAGACAGCUAAAACAGAAGGUAUCCAACUUGUAUAAGGGAAAAAGCCUCGUCCUAGCUGAUUCAGAAAUCGCAAUUCAGGAAGAAGGGUUGUCAUCAGAAUGUGCUACUAAUGUUUGCAGCUGCAGCAGCGGCCCGCCUAUUGAGGAUGACAGUUCUGAUACUUCUCUCAAAUUAGGGCUUCCCUUCUCUUGCUGAAUUGGAGAAGACGAAGUGGAUUUCUUCCGUGUGUCGGAUAAAACAGCCCAGGCAUCGCCCAAGAGCUUUAAGGCUCGAUCUGCGAAAGAGUGGGAUAGGAGCAAAUCUGUGGGCUGCCACAUGGGCCCUCCAUCUAUUACUUUAUGAUAUAAACCAGCCCAGUUGGGCCCAUGUUGAUUAGAUCUAGCCUAUCUUAUUAAUUGCUGUCCAGGCUCUGCUAACUUUGGAUGAGGCUCUUCUUUUUCGGUUGGUAAUAUAGUCUAGCAUAGGCCAGAUACUUGAGAGCUUAUGGGCCUCUCGAGUACAUGAUAUUGUUUAGCAUAGGAGCCUUCCUAGUACAUGUAUUGGGGCCUCCUUUUCAAAGCUUAUGCUGGUGUAUAUAUUUAUUUGUCCUUAUUUUUAUAAAGUAUUAUCCUGAAUAAUACUUUAUUCAUGAUAAUACUUUAUAUUAUCCUGAAUAAUAAUAAAAUAUAUAUAUUUUUUUCUUGUGUUUGAAAUAAAAAGAAUCAAGCUU